UCCCAUUACGACCAGUGAUUCCCAACAUCACCGCACCGACGUAUCAACUAGCCAAAUACAUCGCAGGAAUCCUCCAGAGAUCGUUCCACAGCCCAUACAACAUCACCAACUCGUUCGAGUUCAGCGAACUGGUAAACAAAAUGCAAAUACCCGAAGGGUAUAUAAUGAUCUCCUUGGACGUCGUAUCCCUGUUCACGAACGUGCCUCGAGACCUAGUGAGGAAAAACAUCAUCGAGAGAUGGCGAGAAGUUGAUACAAAUAUCAACUUGGACAUGUUCCUAGAGAUUGUCGAGCUCUGUAUGGAAUCCAGCUACUUCUGUUACGAGGGACAGUUCUUCAUGCAAACUUACGGGACAGCGAUGGGGAGCCCCUUGUCUCCUAUCCUUGCUGACAUUGUACUAGAUUCAGUGAUUAACAGAGCUUUGAGUACUCUACCAUUCGAGUCUCCAAUCUUUAAAAAAUAUGUGGACGAUAUUUUCAUGGUGAUACCACAGCAAACUAUCCAACUAGUACUCGAAGCAUUCAAUAGGAUAGAACCGAGGCUUCAAUUCACCGUCGAAGUUGAAAAAGAAGGGAAGCUACCGUUUUUGGACAUGACGGUCAUCCGCAAAGACAGCCAAGAACUCACAACAGAGUGGUACGCGAAGCCCAUCGCGUCUGGUAGAAUGCUUAACUACCACUCAUUCCAUCAACCCCGAUAUAAAAUGAAUGUAGCUAACAACUUCAUUCAUAGUGUCCACAAACUAACUCACAACAAAUCAGAAGAAGAAAUAGCAGCAACCAUCAGAGAUCAUUUACGAAGGAACAACUACCCAAAACAAUUAGUCAACCGUCUUCUGAAUCUAUACAAAGCCAAACGAUUCAGUACACCCAGCAGCACACCAGCCGAUCAACCGUCGUCUCUUCGACUGCCCACAGCAUCACCACCCCGUCUACCGCCACCAGCACCACCACCCACCGCUACAUCAUCCGCCGCCCCACCGCCUCCAACCAUACCCAGUUGCCAACCAUCGUGUCAGCUUCCCAUGACCCCCCAGGACAACACUUCAAGCCGACCAUUCUGCCAGCAAACCAGCCCACCUCCCACAAACGAUUAUCAAUCAUCACACAACACUCAGCAGGAAGCCAUAGAACACGGAGAAAGAUCAAUGAACCAGCAAAUCAACAUCACAAAUCAACAAUCCAGGUAUGUCCAGUCCAGUAUCUCCACGACUCAAUCCGGGUCUGCCAAUCCAAGCACUAUCAACGUCCAGCCAACAGCUCCUCCAGAUCAAAAAAUGUACCGCUCUAUCCCAUACAUUCCGUCAUUAUCAGAACGAAUCUCCAAAAUUCUCAAAAAAGACUACCCUAACGUAGUGAUAGCCACCAGACAGAUCCGCACCAUCAAAACAAUCCACACCAAAGUUAAGUUUCCUACAAGUAAAGAAGAUAAAAGUAAUAUAAUUUAUAAAAUUCCGUGUAACAACUGCGAAAGUUGUUACAUAGGAAUGACCAAAAACAGCCUACGAAAACGACUAGCAGGGCACAAAUCAAACAUAAACAAAUUAGAGAAGAUGCUAAACGAAAACCACACUAACACAGCCUUAACAGCCCUAGCAGAAACAACAACAGCGUUGAUCAAGCAUUGUAUACAGAGCCAACACAAAUUCGACUUAGAUCGAACAGAAAUCAUAGAUCACAGCAAUAAAACUACCACACUCCCCUUCCUAGAAAUGUGCCACAUCACAAAUACUAACCACACAGUAAACAAACGUACAGAUGUAGAGGGACUUAACACUACAUAUGCUGCUCUCUUGCACAGUAUUAAGAACCAUUACGAACACAACAAGCAUGACCGAAUUAGACCAGAAUGAUGAAACUUUUCAACCAAGAGAAAGAUUUCAAAACCGCUGCAACUAACAACAGUGAGGUCCAACCAACAGAAGACUUAAAGCGCGCAAAAAUAGUGUAGAAACCAAUUUUAAAUUUUAGUUUUCACCGCAGUUAGUGUAAGUUUAAAAUAAUUUCGAACAAAAAUCCAUAACGGAAACACUAAAGAUUUAUAAAUUACAGCAUGUACCAACAUUAUAAAACCCCGACAGUUACAGUUUGCCAUAACCCCAAACCAAAAACGAAUACUUUAUUUUUCCCCUGAAGAAGGCGCCAUACCUGCGCCGAAACGUCGGGUUAAAUAAUAAAACUCGUUUUACAAAUUAAAAAGACUGCGUUGCCGAUAAUCAAAACAGCUAUAAUAGUACAGUCGAACUCUCAU